UGCUAUAAGCUACCAUAGCAGAAACACAUACAGACAGACACACAUUAUAUACACACACCUAUUUAUUUACUCUACACAGACAGACAGCCAUAUAGAAAAAUGUCUUCAGAUAUGGAUGGGACCAUGCUCCUGGGGGUGGAAGGCAUUAAGAAAACCAUCCUGUAUGGAGGGACAGCUGAKAUGCCCCGGUUCAUUACUGGGACUAAGGUGACCUUCCAUUUCCGUACCCAGCUGUGUGAUGAUGAUCGUACGGUGAUAGACGACAGUAAGGUCGCGGGCGUGCCAAUGGAGGUGGUGAUCGGGAACAUGUUCAAGCUGGAGAUCUGGGAGACCCUGCUCACCUCCAUGAGGAUCGGAGAGGUGGCCGAGUUCUGGUGCGAUGUCACCCACACUGGCCUCUACCCCCUGGUGGCCAAGAGCUUGCGGCGCAUCGCGGAGGGCAAGGACCCUGUGGACUGGCACAUCCAUUCGUGUGGCAUGGCCAACAUGUUUGCCUACCACACCCUGGGCUAUGAUGACCUGGACCAGCUACAGAAGGAGCCUCAGCCUCUCUACUUUGUACUGGAACUGUAUGACAGGGAGUCGUGGGCUCUGAAUGAUGAGGAGAGACUGAAGGCUGUGCCCUUGCUCCACGGCCAGGGGAACAAGCUCUACAAACUGGGGCGCUACCAGGACGCCACCAACAAAUACAAAGAGGCCAUAGUCUGCAUCAAGAACAUACAGCACAAGGAGAAAGCAUGGGAAGCCCCCUGGCUGAAGCUAGAGAAGAUGGGGAACAUGCUGACUCUCAACUACUGCCAGUGUCUGCUCCGUAUGGAGGAGUACUAUGAGGUCAUAGAGCACACCAGUGACAUCAUCAAUCAGCACCCAGGUGAAAUGAAGGCGUUCUACGUGCGAGGGAAGGCCCACAUCGAGGUGUGGAACGAAGCUGAGGCGCGGGCUGACUUUGAGAGGGUUCUAGAUCUGGACCCUGGCAUGAAGAAGGCUGUUAAGAAGGACCUGGGUGUCCUCAACAUGAGGAUGGAGGAGAAGAAUGAGGAGGAUAAAGUCAAGUACAAGGGCAUGUUCUGACAUGGCCCAGGAGAURUGCAGAUAUGGAGGGUCAAUGUCAAAGUCAAUGUUAACCUCACUUGGGUAUGUGGGACGGUAGCGUCCCACCUCGUCAACAGCCAGUGAAACUGCAGGGCGCCAAAUUCAAAUACA